GUCCAUGAAGGGACGCGUGCUUGAAUUUGAAUUGAGACGAGAUCUUAAAACUUGUAUAGUUAUUAACCAGCUAUUCCAACACAACGCACACUGUUACACUAUAUAUUUUGUUGCAGCGUCAAUUUUGCCUGUGUGUAAUCUUAGCUUUAGUUGCUUUGCAACGUUUAAAUCGGUGCCCAGUACAGUAUUUGCUGAAAUCGCUACUCAAGGACGGAUCACUAUACUUGCAAUGAAAGCGGGUGUCGUCCACUGCCGUUGUUCAAAAUGCUACUCGGUUCCAGCGCGGAAGCGGCUCCGUAAACGGUCUCCAGCCCUCACUCUGCUGUCCCUGCCGGAGGAGAUAGUUCUCUAUGUGCUCCAGUGUCUCUCAGCAGAGGACCUCUUGUCUGUCAGAGCGGUUCAUUCUCAACUGCGGGACAUUGUCGAUAACCACUCCAGUGUAUGGGCCAAGGUUGGUUUCAGGGACACAUGGCCAUCCCCCAACACCUUGUGGCUGUUUGAAAGAGCUGCUGAGAAAGGGAACUUUGAGGCAGCUGUGAAACUUGGGAUUGCUUAUUUGUACAAUGAAGGACCUUUGUUGAGUGAUGAGGGGCGGGCUGAUGUCUGUGGCCGAAAGGCCUCGCACUUCUUCAGCCUGGCAGAGAGCCUGCGUUCUCCCAAAGCCGAUCCCUUUGCCUGGGUCUUCAUCCGUCCGCCAUGGUCGCCCACUGGCAGCUGCUGCAAGGCUGUGGUGUUUGACCGCCUCAAGGCAGAGUGUGAAAACAACAUGGAAAAGCGGGGUCCUUUGUUGCACUGUUUGGCCAGAGUUCUGCUACUGUUCGGGGAGGAAGAAAAGCGUUCAGAUGCCAUAUCGAUGCUGGAGGAAUCGUCCCAAGCCGGCUGUUUACAGAGCUCAUACCUGCUGUGGGAGCACAGUCGUAAAGCAGCCAUGGCAGAUCCGGGCAGGUACCUGCAGUAUAUACGGACCCUCAGGGACUAUGCUAGCAAAGGAUGCUGGGAAGCGCAGUUGUCUCUGGCCAAAGUGUGCAGCACUGGGAAUCCACUUGGCCUGGAGUCCAGGGCAUGCUCCGACUUAGUGGCACAGCUCUUUGGUUCCUCUAUUCCGACAUCACAGCGCUGUGCUCAGGGCGUCCUCAGAAGAGGCAUCAAAGACACCAUGAGGUACAUCCUUGUCGAUUGGCUGGUAGAGGUGACCACCAUGAAAGACUUCUCCAGCCUAACCUUACACGUGACAGUAGGCUGUGUGGAUCGCUACUUGUCCAUGCGCUCUGUUCCCAAGGCUCGCCUUCAGCUGUUGGGAAUUGCCUGCAUGGUCGUUUGCACACGCUACAUCAGUAAAGAGAUCCUGACCAUACGCGAGGCUGUCUGGCUCACAGACAACACUUACAAAUAUGAGGACCUGGUCCGGAUGAUGGGAGAGGUCGUGUCUGUUCUGGAGGGAAAAAUCAGGAGCCCCACGCUGCUGGACUACGGGGAUGUGCUGCUCUUCCUGCUCCCUCUGGAGAGGCGCACCGCCCACCUCUUCAGCUACAUCUGCGAGCUGUCUCUGCUCUACUCUGCUCUGGCCACACCACCUCCUGCCAAACUGGCCUGUGCCGCGCUGCUUCUCACACGAGCCAUACAUCACUAUGGUCCUGUCUGGCCCGCCCUGUUAGCUGACUACACAGGGUUUUCCAAGCAAGACCUCGUUCCUCUUUCUGUGCUGCUCUAUGUCAAGUGUUUCAGUCAAGAUGUUCCCAAAGACUACAGGCACGUCUCUCUUACUGGUGUCAAGCAAAGGUUUGAAGAUGAGGUCUACCAACAAAUCAGUAAAGAAAAGGUGAUGGACUUUAAAGAGCUCUGUCAGAUUUUGGAGAUUCCUGAGGUGGAACCUGAGAUGGAACCUCCCAGUCCUACUAGUAGCCAACCAGCAGACAUACACACUUUCAUGGCAUCUCCUUCAAGCACCAACAAAAGGAGACGCGAUGACAGCAUGCAGGCCAACAGAGGCAGCUUGGUGGCCACGCCCACCGCAGAAUUGUCCAACCAGGAGGAGAUGUUGCUCGGGGACAUCCUAGACUGGAGUCUGGACUCUUCCUGUUCUGGUUAUGAGGGGGACCACGAGCAAGACAGCGAUGCAGAGAAAGAUGGUGAUGCCUCUAUGAUAUCCAUCAAAUUACACCCGCUGACUGACGCAGAUGCCGAUGCCGGCCUCCAGCACUGCCGGGCUCUGUCCAGCGACGAGGAGAGCUUCUGUGAGGCAGAAGCCGGGGUUGACAAGGAUUGUCAAGAAUCCCUCUCCUCAUCUACAAACAUGAACACUUCAGGAUAUUCGUCGGUCCAGAGCAUCAGCCCCUCGUCCACGUGCUCGUCCUCCUCCCUCAUGCCCUGCACAUUCAAAACCUUCACCACCUCCCUGGGCGGAGCCUCGGCUAAUGCCAAGCCGGGCUUCCGGCUCUUAGUGCCCAUGCAGAGACCCCGGGGCGCCUCCACCAAGCAAGUGAAAAGGAAGAACAUAGCAGCUCAUAGUGGGGGCGAGGUGGAGAGGCAAGAAGAGGAUCUGGAUGGUGAGGAGGAUUAUACUAAUGCAGGGUUUCUGAGUUUGUAGACCGGGAUCUUUCAACGACCCUGGCCUGCUCACUGGCAAGGCGGUUCAGUUUUUAGCCUCCAGCACUUUUCUUUUGUUCUUAACAUUCUCUUUGCCGGAGACAGUCUGGAGGGAGAUCAGAAGAUGUUUACCCUACAAGACAAGGGAGAGGAGGAAAAAGCACGAAUAGAAACUGCCCAGAGACUUGCCUUUCUACAACAUUACAUUUCAUUUACAUGUUUACAGACAUGGACCAAUGAAAAUACCUCUUAUACGCAAACACUCGUAAUCAGCUCUGAAACCACUGGAAAAUGACUUUGCUCAGGAGCCUGGUACAGUCGUUACCAUUUCACUUGUUUUGCAGCCUCCUACAACAGCCUCUCAGAUCACAUUAAAUAGCUGUAAAAAGAAGUGAAACCUAAUGGAUUUGUUUUGUUGAGGGGGAAAGUGUCCAUUGUUAUUUAAAUCCACAGCUGUCGUGUUGUUGUCUGUUUUGGGUAUGGUAGUCUCUGAUGUGUCUGUACAAGAACCAGUCUUGUAUUUGGUGAACUUAUAAUUAUAUCUUUAUCAAAAAGGUUUGAUUACUGUCAUCUAAUUGAAAAUGUCUGCACCUGAAGCCAAAAAAAUGAUGUCAAUCCUCAUGUUCAGUUUUGUCAUUUGUAUGUUUGCCAAAGGUACUGUGAUGCCAUUUGUGUCUUCAGGGUCACACUUAAAAAAAAGAAAAGAAAGAAAAGGCUGUGAAAUUAGUAAUUUAAUCGGCAUUGACUGCAGUCCAGCUACUGCUGCUGAUUAAUGCUUUAGUUGGUUUGUGGCACUAAUGCCAUCAGUAACUCCUCAGAGACUGCACCUUAAUCCCUAAGGUGUGCUGAUAGUGGAGCCAAAUGAAGCAUCACCUUUUGGAUGAGGCUCAUACAACUCUCACUUUAAUACCCAAACUGUGGUCGGUGCAGGCAUAAGUAUCAAGCUUGAAUGUAUUUAGGCACCUGAUGCAAAAUGACACCCAAACAUGCUGAUGGGUUUUUACUUCUUACUACCUUCUGUCUGAAUCAGGUCAAGCACAUCUGUCAUCACAAAUGCAGUUCAAUGUGUAACUGGUCUCACACUUGAAUGAUCAGUGUUGAAGUUUAUUUUUUUAUGAAUUCACAUUUCUUUCUUGAACAUAAAGUUUAGACACUAGGAGAAAUGAUUACUUUUAAAAGGGUUUUUAAGUCCUGUUCACCUGAUUCAGGAUACAGAGUAUAUAAUGACUGUGACUGACUGUAAAUACAUUAAGAACUGUUACUUCAGACUGGUUAUCUCCUGUGUUAUUCAAAUGUACAUAUUGCUGUAUGUAUGAGUGGGGGUGUAAGACAAAGAACAUACCACUACUACUUGAAAUUGUGCUUGCUUCAUUCCAAAAAGGUAGGUUUCUUUGUCAGAACAAAUUUCCAACAGUGUUUCUUACCGGAUGUGAUGUGAAUAUGUAAUUUUUGUACUAAGUUCAAAUAAUAAUAAAAAA